AUGGUUAAUACACUAGAUAAAAGUUUUGUAACUGGAAGUUCAUGGAAGCCGGACCUUUUCAAAGGGAAAGUGGUCUUCGUGACAGGUGGUGCAGGUACCAUAUGUCGUGUUCAAGUGGAAGCUAUGGUUUUAUUAGGUUGCAAAGCUGCUAUCUUGGGGAGAGAGGAAAAGAAGACAAUCGAUGCUGCCAAAGAAAUUGAAUCCUUGGUUAGGUCUCCUACAGAAAAUGAUGAUGCGGAUCCUAUUGUUCUUCCUUUGGGGAACAUCGACGUUAGGAACUUUGAUCAAUUGAAGAAUGCUGUUAAGAAAACAGUGGAUACGUUUGGUCACAUUGAUUAUCUUAUUGCAGGGGCAGCUGGUAAUUUUAUUUGUGAUUUCAUGAAUCUAUCGCCUAAUGCCUUUAAGUCUGUUAUCGACAUUGAUCUUCUAGGUUCAUUUAAUACAGUAAAAGCUUGUGCUUCACAGUUGAUUAAAAAUAAGGGUUCAGUACUCUUUGUUUCCGCAACAUUCCAUUAUUAUGGUGUCCCAUUCCAAUUACAUGUUGGAGCAGCUAAAGCCGGUAUAGAUGCAUUAUCCAACAAUUUGGCGGUGGAACUAGGUCCGUUGGGAGUACGUUCCAAUUGUAUUGCACCGGGAGCCAUUGGACAAACUGAAGGAUUCAAAAGGUUAACAGGGACAGAUUUUGAGGAAAAGUCUUUGAACAAGAUUCCAUUGCAAAGAUUGGGUACAACAAGAGAUAUCGCAGAAGCCACCGUAUUUUUAUUUUCCCCAGCGGCAUCCUAUAUUAGUGGUUCGGUAAUGGUGGUUGAUGGAGGUAUGUGGCAUACAGGAACUUAUUUUUCAAAUAAUCUAUACCCAGAAAAAUUACUAAAGAGCAUGCAAUCCAAACUAUGA